AUGGCCGUUGUUAACAUGAAUAGUUUAAUGAAUGGGAAAGAUUCAAGGUGGCUGCAACUGGAAGUAUGUCGUGAAUUUCAGCGUAAUAAAUGUUCACGUAGCGAUACAGAAUGUAAAUUUGCUCAUCCAGCUGCUAAUGUGGAUGUCCAGAAUGGCAAAGUAACUGCUUGUUAUGAUAGCAUUAAAGGACGGUGUAAUAGAACAAAACCGCCUUGUAAAUAUUUCCACCCUCCACAACAUUUAAAAGAUCAACUUUUAAUAAAUGGACGAAAUCAUUUGGCUCUCAAAAAUGCCUUAGUACAGCAAAUGGGUUUAGUGGCUAAUCAACCAAUGGUUCCUGGACAAGUUUCUGCUCCCAUGCCAAAUCCAGCUUACUUACAACUACCCAGUGCUCAAAUUGGAAAUCCAGCAUUUAACCCUUAUUUUAGCCACACCAAUCCGCUUAUGAAUCCUUUGUCACAAUUUUUUGCUCCCAACCCUAAUAACUUGCAAAUGGCAAUGCAACAAACGGUUGUACAACAAAAUUUACAACCUCCAGAACGCUUAGAUAUGGACUUAAGCAAAAUUUCCCCUUUCUAUUAUGAAAAUUUAUCAUUGCCUGGUUUAAUGCCUUUUAAAAGGCCUUCGGGUGACAAAGCAGGGUUACCAAUGUUUCAACCGAGUGCAGCAGCAGCAGCUUACCAACAACUAUUCCAAUUUGUCCCACAACAAGCUGACUAUCCCCCUACAUCAUCUGCAGCAGCUUUAUCUGUAAUGUCUAAACCACAACCACAAGCAGUAGCACAACAACAACAACAGCAGCAAACUCAACAGUCAAUAGCCCCUCAAAAAUCUCAGACACCUGAAUUACCACCUGCAACUCAAACUCAAUUGCAGUCUCAACAGCUUGCUGCGUUUCAUCAAUUGCUUGCUAUGUCUCCCCAACAACAACUACAACAACAGCAAAUUCAACAACAACAAUUACAACAACAACAAUCGUUACAGCAGCAACACCAAUCCUUACAACAGCAACACCAGCAACAACAAGCUCAAUUGGCUCAAGCUCAAAACCAAGCUCAAGCACAUUUAGUCCAAUCACAGGCCCAAGUACAGAAUCAAUUACAAGAUCCUAAUCAACAAGCUCAAAUGCAACAACAUCAAGCCUUUGCAGCAGUAUUCAACCAAUUGAUUGCUAUGCGACCACCUCCUCCACCAUUAACUUUCCAAGCUCCGCAAUUAGCGCCUAAUCCAAAUUUGAUGGCAUCAUCAUCUAUGAAACAAUUUAUUGCAGCACAAAUACAACAUCACAUACAUAAUACCAAUUUAAAUGGUAAUCUAAAUCCAGCUGCUAUUAAUGGUAAUAUUAAUACUAAGGGUGACGAAGAGGUUCAACAACCUUUUAAGAAAAUGAAAACCGCUUGA